GAGCCAUUCGGUUCAGUCCAGUCCGCUCAGCAGAAAUUAAAAAUAAAAUGCAUUUUGCCAGCCAAUAGAGAAGUGUACUUAAUAAAUAAAAAAUAAAAAUUGCUGUAACUUUUUCUAGAUUUUUAUUAUUACUUUCAGACUAGUUCCAAGUUAGAAAAUGGCACACACAAUCCUUUUGGUCCAACCUGGAAGCAACCCAGAAACCAGAACAUAUUCAGACUAUGAAUCUGUUAAUGACUGCAUGGAGGGGGUGUGCAGGAUCUACGAGGAGCACUUGAAAAGGCGAAAUCCCAACACGCCAACCAUCACUUAUGAUAUUUCUCAGUUAUUUGAUUUUGUUGAUCAGCUCUCUGACUUGAGCUGUCUUGUGUACCAGAAGUCAACCAACACCUACGCCCCCUACAAUAAGGAUUGGAUAAAAGAAAAAAUUUACAUAUUACUAAGACAGGCCGCUGGUCAUACUGAUUUCAACAUUGUUUAAAUCUCAAAAUCUGUAAAUCUUGUUAUGUAAAGUGUUUAUCAUGACAGAAAAAUACGUAUUGACUGUUGUGAAAUUCACUGUUUUUUUUUUCUUUCAGUUUUCCUUACCCUACUUAAUUGUUAAGACUUUAUGGACAAAAAUUUGGUUUCUUUAAUUUAGUUUUCCAAGAUUGUUCGAAAAUAUUUUUGAUACAAAAUGUCAUAGGCACUUCUUCUGUUAAUAUUGCCAAAUACCUACUGUGCCUAAUUUUUUAUAAGUGGCUUCUACUGACAUUAACACAAAAGUGUGGUUUUAUUUGGUAAAAUUAAGUUGACUCGGUGGUGGCUUUUUGAAUGAAAAUCUUUUUUUGUGAAUUUUAGAAUAGAAUCAGGGUUCAUUAUUGCAGCCAAAAAUUUCAAAGAAAAAAUUGAUGUUAUUGUACUCGAAUACUCAAGGCAUCUGCCUUAAAGUUUUUUUUUGAAAGGUUCUGCCACUUUGGUUGUAAAUGAUGAUAUGUAAGCAACAAUACACAGUUAUCAAGUGAAGUUAGUACCUACUAUAUAAUUUUUUUUAGAAAAGAAUCAAAAAAAAAAUAUACAAUAGGCCUAUUUGGGUUUGGAAAGAGGACGGUUCUAGAACGAUUCAAAACAAUCAGACAGUUUAUCAUUCAACAAAAUGAUAACAACUCGGCUACUAUCACAAAUUUCAAUAAUAAACUGUGCGAUUGUUUUGAACCGUUCUAGAACCGUCCUUUUUCCAAACCCGAAUAGGCCCAAUAUGUAUAUAUAAAUACAUGAAUUAUCGCGCCCUUAUUUGAAUUUAAAAGUAAGUUUAAAAUGAUUUCUGUGUUUUGAAAUUUUCAAAUAAUCUUGUUUUUUUACUUUUACUAUAUAAGCUAUAAGUAAGAAUUAUGUUUAUUUUCCCAAUGCUUAGGUAGAAAAUUUUAGAAUUUACCUACUUUCUAUUGUAUUAUUUUUCAGUUUUUCAAUAAAUGGGUUGAACAUACCUAA